AUGAUCCUCCAGCCCGGUUGGAUGUCAUUUAUCCUGCUAAUCUUGGCGUGGCUUCCUCCGGGAAGCAGCUUUGAACCGUUCACCCAGCACGACCUGGCCGCCGAAACGCUGGACUGUUUCGUGCACUUGGGCGUCCCACCUGGGCGCGUUCGGCUCUACCAGGCCGGACUCUUUCCGGACGAUCCCGGCACGUGGUGCCUGGUGCGGUGCGUGGCCAUCAAGCUGGACCUUUACGGCGAUCGGUGCGGACCGGAUGUGGGCAAUCUGUACGUGCAGUUCGGGGGGGUGGCUGGAGGUCAGAGUGAGGUUAGGUUCAAACAGGCCGCGCACAGCUGUAUUGCUGGGUUGGCGGAUCAGUACCGAGGGGCCUGUGAGCGGGCGUACCACAUGAUGAUCGAUUGCUUUGGGGAGCAGAUCCGGAAGUUGGUUGCACAGAAUCGAACCGACCCCUGCGCGGAUUGUUACCGAAUGUAUGACGCGCUGUACCGUUCGACCAUGGUCGAGAAGAAGCCCAGUGACAAGUGCGGCAAAAGUGGCAAAUGUAACACCAAGAAGAAGAAGAAAAAACUAAUCGCUGAAUAAAGUUGAUUGUCGCAAGUUUUAGCAAGCUUUUACCGAGCGGUAAUACAAUUUGCACCGUGGGACAGAGAUGGCUAAUUUCGAUAAAAGCUUCGUUUUUUUCUGCGGCUUCGUCCACCGCUGUGGAGGCCGUGGAAGCUUUUAACGUUGACACCACACGAUGGUUCACUUCAGGAAAAACCACUUCGAGCGCCCAUGUGACAGAGUGGCUGGAGAAAACGAAUCUCAUUACGUUGGUCAGCCUGUGUGCGUGCACCGGUUAUCGGUGUGUUUUGCGUUGG